UGUCAUGUGAUCAGCUGUGUGCAAUCACAACUGAUCGCAUGUAAAUAAGGAAAUGCAGGUUAUCGGUAUUCCUCUCCUCACGAGCUGUCAGCGCGACAGCUCGGUACUGAUGAUCAGUGCCCUGAUGAUCAGUGUAGCCCCAUCAGUGCCUCCUGUCAGUGUCCAUCAAUGCCACCUGUCAGUGCCCAUCAGUGCCACAUCAAUGCCACAUAUCAGUGCCUACCAGUGCACAUCAAUGCCACAUAUCAGUGCUCAUCUGAGCUGCCUUUCAGUGUCACCUAUCAGUGCUAGUCAGUGCCACCUAUCAGUGCCAGUACAGUGCUGCUUAUCAGUGCCCAUCAGUGCCGCCUAUCAGUGCCCGUCAGUGCCGCCU